AUGGAGGGCACGUACGUGAUGGCCGAGUCCUCCGCCGCCUAUUUCGAAGCCUACCGCCACGUACUUCUGGCACUCAAGAACAUCAUCGACGACGCGCUUCCGUUUCAGCGCUAUCUGCUCCGCCUCUCCAACGAGAUCAGGCCUCCGUCCUACUUCGACCAGGAGAGUACGCUCGACUUUUCACUCCUCAAGCGAGGCUACGUCGAGCCCCCGCCUCCGAAGCAGCUCCCGGCCGGCCGGCGGCAGGAUCGGGGCGACCCGCUCCCGGCCCGUAACCCGGCCAACAGCUGGCCGGUGCUGCAGCCCUGGCCGACCUUCGAUUCUGGGCUGAACGAAAGCCAGCUCCAGGCCGUGCGACAGGCGCUGACCAACGAGCUGGCCCUGAUCCAAGGGCCGCCCGGCACCGGCAAGACCUUUGUGGGUCUCAAGAUCGCGCGCUUGCUGCUGCAAACCAGGCAGCGCACGGCACCGCCAAUCCUGUGCGUUUGCUACACCAAUCAUGCUCUCGAUCAGAGCGAGGGAGCUAAUCACUUGCCUUGCGCCCAGCAGUUCUUGGAGGGAAUCUACAAGUUCGAGAAGAACGUCGUGCGCAUCGGUGGCCGGUCGUCAAGCACGAUUCUUGGAGAGCGCAACAUCAUGAAGCUGCAGCUGCCUUAUGGUCAUCGGCUGCUGGGUGCCCGGUGGAAUAUCAAGCGAUCGCAAGACGAAGUGUCGCAUGCUAUCGUCCAGUGUUUGGAAAACCUGCGCAAGGAGAGGCUUUCCUUGAGCGACCUGAAGAAGGUGGCCUUCCCGCACCACCUCCGCUCCCUGUGCGAGGGCCGAGAGGAGGCUGACGAGGCCUCGUCGGCAAUGCUGCUCGACCGCUGGCUGGAGCUGCCCAAGAAGAAGCGACGACAAAAAGGGAAGGGGAAGGCGAAGGUGAACGGGGCGGCGACGGCCCAGACUAAUCGCUUCCAGCGACUGGCGGACCUGCAAGAAGACGUGGCGACGACGAAGAAUGACAAGGGAAAGGAAAAGCUGGGCGACGAAAGUGAAGACGAAGACGAAGGUGAAGAAGAAGAAGGAGAAGAAGACUUCGUCGACGAGCAGCUACAGGAGGGCGCGGUGAGUAUCGUCAACGUGCCUGGCGGCAAUGAAGAAGAGGAAGAGGAUGACGAAGCAGAAGAGGAGGGAGAUGAAGAAGAGAUCAGACAGAUCGAAGAGGAGAGAGCCCUGCUCGAAGCCGGGGAGGCCGGCGGAAAGAAGGAGCCACAGGUGCAGGUGGUCAACUUCGCCGAUCUCACCGAGGACGAGAAGAUGCCGUCGCCGGCGCUGCUCGAGACGCUCGACUUGUGGAGCCUCCGCUACGAGGACCGCGCCCGGCUCCACUUCUUCUGGCUGCGGCUGAUGGGGUUCUACUGCAUCGGCAACGCGAAGCUGCUGCAGGACAACUCCCCCCUGUGGCGCCGGGUCAUGGCGACUCUCCGAGACCAGGGCUGCGCCGGUGCUGCGCUCUCGCUCGCCUGCCAGAAGCACCCGCAGACCAACAUCGUGGUGGCCAAGGCUGCGGACUUUGCGAAAGCCCCGAUGGGCGGCUGCAUGCUCAAGUGCGACUCGCGUUUGCCCUGCGGCCACGCCUGCACCCUGAACUGUCAUCCGGAUGACUCGCUGCAUGAAGAGAUCAAGUGCUAUAGCAAGUGCGCCAAAAAACGGGAGUGUCAGCACGCCUGUCCGCUAAAGUGUUGGCAGGAGUGCGGCGACUGCCGCGUGCGAGUACUCAAGACGCUGCCCUGCGGACACACGACCAGCCAGCCGUGCUAUCUCGCGCCGGAGCUAUGCGUGUGCGACUAUGCGUGCACCAAGGGCCUGCCGUGUGGCCACAACGCAGUCGUGCCUUGUCACCAGGCGUACGCCCACAUUCCUCGCCAGCCAUUCAACUCUGGUGGCUACUGA